GGAGCGGGCCGGGGGUGUGAGCGGGCCCCGGGGUGUGUGUGGCCAGCAACAGGCGGUCAACACUCUGGGAAGCUCUGGUGAUAUAUGUGGAUCAAUAUAACACUUAGAUCAGUAGGUGGUAUGAGGCCGUCCGCCGUAGUGGGUGGAGGACAAGUAUUAACCGCUGCCUGAAGGUAUUGAUGCCGUGGGGGAGGUAAUGGGCUCCUGACAGUUAUGGAUGUAAAAGUGUUUGUCUUCAGAAAAACAAAAACUCUUGUUAUGCAGUAGAAGCUUUCUGUAACUGUGUUACUGUUAAUAUGUUAAGAGAUUUAGUCCAUUGUUGUGGAUGUCAACCAAAUAAUCAACAGUUCAAUACAGUAGCUAACAAAUUGUUACUUGUAAAAGAAUAGUAUCUCACAAGAUGCAGCUGUUAAGAAUUCACUAUCAGAAAUUGUUUGUGUGUGUGUCAUUUAUAAUGUUAGUGCUGGUGGUGGUACGAGUCUGGGAGGCCGAUGGUGGAUCUCCAAGUCCACGCCAGACCCAGGCAAGCUCCUCAAAGACCCAUGAGAAGAGGGUCAACAGUGGAAGAGAGAAUAACAUCAAUAUAGACACUCCAGUGCUCUCUCCUCGUCAUGGUGGUCGAGGUGGCAACAAGGCAUCGGGAGCUAAUAUUUUUGCUGAUCUUUUCCAAGAUUUAGCCAAGGAGGAGACCUGUCCAUUGUGUUUUGGACAUGACCUAUGUGAAGAUGUUUCUGCUGGCUUCCUCACCUUAGCUACAGAUACUCCCCAUGGACAAAAUGGAGAUUCUAUCUACGAAGCUCACUUGGGGGAUAUGCAUAAACUUUCUGUCAAGGUUCCUUUGGGUAACCAUUUCUCACGCCUAGAUGAAGCUGUUUGUAAAAAUGCCAGUCUGGGUGAAGGAUGCAGUGUUGGGUCAGCUGCUUAUAAAUCCUUCUUGGCAAGACCACAGCCAUUGUCACCUCAAUUGAUACACCAUUUGCUUCGCAGUGUUGGCAUUCCUCGAACACAGUAUCCAUUAUUAAUGUGUCCAAGCAAGAAGCUGCUAAGCGUUAUAGAGCGAUCUUUUGAUGACAAUGAUGAUCAUAGUCUGAGUCAAGAUGAAAGGAUUGCUUUAUACACAACUUUAACCAUCGCUCCAGAUAUUGUUGUCCUUAAGUUACUGACAAAGGCAAAUCUAAAUGUUGGUUUUCCUCGACUUGUUGGUGUUUGUGGGCGGGUCGGGGUCCUAGAAGGGGAGCUGACUCCCCUGGCUUCCCUGCUGGAUGAGCCAUUUAAUGUUCGUGCCUCACUUGCUGCUCAAAUUCUGACCAUGGUUGAUGACUUUAUGGAGGAUGAUCCAGAGUGGUACCUGUUUUAUGGGUUGUGGUCACUAGACAAGCUGGCUGUCAACAAGGAGGGGGAAGUUGUUCUGACGGACCUCGCCAACAUGGCCGUUGUAGAUAAGAAUCUUUUUAGAGAAGAUUAUGAGGAUGGAAAUGAAAAUCGUGCUCAGGAGGUCUGCAACAAAGAAUGCUUCCAAAAGUUUACUGGAGAAGUAUACAGAGAGAGUCACGAUACCGACAAGGUAUGCUCACGUGUGGAAGACGUUGGCCACCUCAUGUACGCUGCAGUGUGUGCCAUGAUUCUCAGUGACAUGGAGCAGCACAAGUAUGUCGACUACUUCACCAGUGCCACCAAUCAACAGAAACAGCCUCGCUCUACAAGAGGUCUCCUGCAUGAUAUUCCAGCUUCUGAUAGAGCCACAGUAGAGGAGCUGUUGGCCGAGUGUGUGGAUGAAGCAGCACCAGGGGGCAGACUCCAAGCUGCUCAGGAACUUCGAGACUUUCUCUCAGACUUCCUGCUGGAUGAUGAUGAUGAUGAUGGGGAUAACGGAGAGGAGGUAUCCAAUACUAAAAAUGACGAUGGCGACGAUUAUGACGAUGAUGAUUAUGACUAUGGGGAGGACGAAGGUUGAGGAGGCUCAAAUAAUUCAACCUGCUGGUAGUAGAAACAAGUUGGUCUUUUUCAAAUUAAUGUUACAUGUCACAUUUUUUCUAAAAAUAUUUGUUUCAUGUUAUGAAAUAGAUUACAGUACUGAAUGUCAAAGAAAUAUAUGAAUAGCCCUCAAGUUUGAAUACUUACAACUGUGGCACAUUAGCUGUGAUAUACUGGUUACAGCAAUACUAAUUAUGUGUUUAAAUCUAUUCUCUGUAAAGUGUUAUAUGGUGUCCCAGUAUAAGUAACCAGACCAUGUCUUGAAUGACCUCACUGCUUUUGGCAAGAAGUAGGAUGAGUUGUGUGUGUGUUAGGUUUUUAUAGUGCAGUUCACAGGCUUGUGAAGCAGAAUCUUUAUAUACUAUAUAGACUUGAACAAAUUGAACAGUUUGUUUCAUUGAUUGAUGGAUUACUCACAGUAAUAAAACACAUUGAACAAAAUUAUGGUGAAUAGUCAGGAUUGUGCUUCAUUAGGCACUGCUUGUUGUUACCCAAUCUUUGUGCUGUGAGAGAUGGCUUCUGCCUAUCAUAACGCCAUAAUGGAGAGCUCAUUAUUGGUGGCUCAGUUCAUCAAACAUGGGUUGUGGCACAGUACAGUUUAUGAGUCACUUUGAUAGCACAGCAGAUAAGCUGCCCAAUGGCCUACAAACCUAUCCUCAUACAAUCACCUCUACACAUACCAAGUAUUUCAUUUUGACUUCUCAAACACAAUGCAGAUAAAAAAAAGGGGGCAUGGAAAUGUGUGUACUGACGAUGAGUCACAAUAACGUGGUUGAAGAGUUGGUACCCAACACGCAUCGGAAAAUGAAGAAAUGACGACCUUUUGGUCUGUCAUUUCUUCAUUUUCAAUUGCGUGUGUUGGGUAUCAGACACCCAACGUAUAUUUUAGAUUAUGUUCAUGUUGCAUAAAUUGCAAAUUGAAAAUACAAUUUCCAUUAACAGAUUUACUAUACUAUACAGAUGUAGAUAUGGUACUGUAUAUUGAAGGCGUUAGUAUGUUUUGCAAGAGAGAGUAACAGUACAGGACGCUUUGUGAUGCUUCCCUUGAAGGUAUGUUUUAACCAUACAGUGCAAUUAGUGCAAUGCUGCCCUUGAAGGUAAGUCUUACCCAUACAUGAUUAGUGCAAUGCUUAGCUUGGGAAUCAGCUUGCCAACCUUACUUGUACAUCAUUAUCUAUUUUUCCAAUAAAUUACAGGUCUGUGCAUGUUUUAAUAGUUAUCAUCGCUGUUAAUAAUUUGAUUUCCAUUGUAAUAACCCGGCCUACUCUUCCCUUACUCAUUCAAUACCCCCAGCUCAACACCGUGUGCAGAAUCACUGUGACCCCUCACUGAUUUACCCGCUAAUAUCAAAACUGAAAUAUUAAAUGAGGGGGAUGCAACAAGUGAAGGGUUUAUUAAUUUAAAAAUAAUGAAUAAAAACUUAAUUGUAAAACUACCACCACCUUCCUGCGACCGGAAUGUGUCUAGACUACUGAUCUCCCAGGGAGGACAGAAAUCAAUAAUCAUGAACUCAAGGGCAUUAGGAAUCUUAGUACAAAAAGGCUUGGGGAAUAAAUUAUAAACUUUAUUUAUUGAGGAUUCAAGGGUAACUCUAAUAUCCAUGAAAUGGAGGAGAACCCAGGGGGAUUUCCAGUACCACACACAAAUACCACAUAUAAGAAUGACUCUGCAUUAAUAAACAAAAAGGGAGGGGGAUUAACUAAAUACCACUAGAUCAAAUGUUCACUUUAUUAAAACAGGCACAUAUAUUGAAAACAGAUUAAAAAUAUAUCCUACUCUAAUAAAACAUCCUAAGAGGCAAUCAUAAAAUUGGGGUGCAAUUACUUUGAUGUACCAAAACUCAGACAGGCAUUACCUUAUCCUGCAAAACCAUCCCAGAUGUUGAGUGGCUGCCCUCCAAGUCACCUGACCUGUACCCCAGUCACGCCCAAGACACACUAACUACAAUUCUCUUAACAACUAUACCAGUCGAACACGCUCCACCCACUUCUAAGUUUUCCUAGGCCCAAUAAGCCCUGCCUCUCAGGACUCGAGCCAAUGAAUUCAAAGUCUUACUCUAGGCCAGCCAAAUGCCCUGAUAGCCCUGCCCCUAGGCCUCCCUGGCUAGGCUAGCCCAUAAGGGUCUAUUUCUUUUGACAGAAAACUCAAUUGUUCCCACACUCGGAUCCCAGGAAACCUGACGUCGGACUAUAUGACACCAGCUAGAGGCCGAGUUAACUACCACUCAAUUCGUCACUGAUUAGUGGAGGCAGGAGGAAGAGGGGAACGAUUGGAAAGGGAAUUUGAAAUAAGAUUGGAGGGAGGAAUUAGGGAAUAGGAUUGGGUGAAGACUGGCCUGAGGUGGUCUCCCUACCUAAGGAAACCUGAACCCAAGUUUAUGGCAAGGAAGACUGGCACAACCCAAGGAAGAGGGUGGGGGGAAUGAACAAGGGAGAAGAGGAGGAGGAGAAGGGAAGAAAAGGAGAAGGGAAGAGGCUAUGGUCUGCACAGAACAUUACACCAUGUCUAUAAAAGAUUCAAUAGUGCCUAAUGUUUUAUGAAUAUAAAUUCAUAUUUUGUAUGCAAAUUCCUUCAUAACUUGUUUAUUUUGUAAUAUAAGAGGAAAUGGGUGCUUGUGUUAUAUGCAGUUGCCUUCAUUCUUAUGCUCUAUUUUUCUGCUGAUUAAUAAAAGCACUUACAGCUCAUAAAUGAUAGCAGUAGCCACAUCAUGGCAUUUAUACAUUUUCCAAAUCAGGUCCAGUACCAAUUGAUGUGGGAAAUUGAGCAGGCACUUUAGUUCCAGUAGUGAAGACAUUGUGCUCCCCCAGGAAAUAGUAAGAUUCAAGAAAGUCUUGUCUUAUGAAAUCUUCCUAUCAUAUUUUUUGGCUCUGUUAACACUAGGUAAGUUUAAAAUGCUUCUUAUUUAUAGAGUACUUAUCCUUGUGCUGAAUGCUAGAGCGGCAGUCUCUCACUUCAUGCAGGCCAGCAUUCAAUCCCCGACCAUCCAAGUGGUUGGGCACCAUUCCUUUUUCCCCUCCCAUUCACAAAUCCUUAUCCUGAUCCCUUCCAAGUGAUAUACAGUCGUAAUGGCUUGGCAUUUGUUCCUGAUUAUAUUAUAUCCUACAUCCUUAAUUCUAAACCAAUAUAACCAUGGUCAUGGUGCAGUCAGUAGUGUGUGUGUGCGCCUGAGGGGUUCAGGGAUGCAGGUUCAUUUCCAUCAUACAGCUUUCAUAUUUUCUCAAAUACAACCAUGUUUUUUAAGAAAUACAGGAUGACAAUCAUGCUUUUUCACAACAACACUGCUGUUAGACAUGCACAAGAAUGACUCAUAUACUGUACUGUGCUUUAAUUAUAUGGUGUAUUUAGUUUUAAAAAGGGAACGUGUUUUAGUAAGAAAAUUUUUUACUGAAAAUGAUGUAAGAUGAUGUAAAUUUGAAGAUAUACAAGUAGACUAUUUUUUAGAAAUGUAGUAACUGAUGUAGUGUAUAAUUUUAUAGUAUCAAAUUUUAUUUAUAAGCUGUAUGGUAUUUUAAAGCUAUACUUGAAGACGAGGAGAAUGAAUCGAGGUAAUAUGAAUACAGGAAUGAAUACAAAAUGGGGUCCAUGAGCAGAGUACAGUGAUGAAGUACAUGUGAGAAGAUUUAGAGGAAAGUAUUCCAAUAAAAUUGGUUGAGAGAGAGUAGUUAAUCUAUCUAUAUCUAUUAAAUAGAAUGUGUGUGUGUGUUUGAGGUUGGACUCCAAACACUUGGAGUUGGAGCCUCACCCAGCUCUCCAAAAUGAAUCAUGGGGUAGGGAGCCGGUCGGCCGACCGGACAGCACACUGGGCUUGUGAUCCUGUGGUCCUGGGUUCGAUCCCAGGCGCCGGCGAGAAAUAAUGGGCAGAGUUUCUUUCACCCUAUGCUCCUGUUACC